CCCCGGCCCCGCACGGGCGUCCCGCCCCCUCGAGUCGCCCGCCAUGGUGACCCUGGGACUGUCCCGCGUGGAUGACGCCGUGGCCGCCAAGCACCCGGGACUCGGGGAGUACGCCGCGUGCCAGUCCGGCGCCUUCGUGAAGGGCGUGUUCGCCCUGGUCUCAGGCACCGGCGCGGCCCUCGGCCUGCAGAUGUUCAUCCAGAGGCGGUUCCCCUACCCGCUGCGCUGGAGCCUGCUGGCGGCCGCAGUUGCUGGUUCUGUGGCAAGUUAUGGGGUGACGAGAGUGGAGACCCAGAAAUGCAGCAACCUCUGGCUCUUCCUGGAGACAGGGCAGCUCCCCCAGGACAGUAGCACGGAGAGCCGCAGCUAGGCGAACUGCAGCUGAGGUGUGGAGGCUCCGGGACCGCGGCAGUCCUGAAACACAGCCCUCCACGCCCCCAGCUCCAGGCCGGCCCACCCUGCCUCACAGAGGCCUUGCCCCGCCCAGGGGCCCUGCGUAGCCGAACAGGUGUGCGGCCCGAUCUGCCACACCUGCCACCUGCCAGGAAGUCGGCUUAGAAAGGGUGGUGGAUCUCCACUCCCUGAGGACGUGAGUCCGGGACCCGUGUCCGGCAGCAGCCUCGCUGGGCUUCCCCAGACCCCGCGUGGGGCAGAGGAGACUUCCGCACGCCCCAGGAGCUCGGGGUCCUUUCGGGCCUCGGGGGGCGUUGGGUGCUGGGGAUGUGGUUAAUA